AUGCUGCCUGAGAUGAACAUCUUAGCAGAUAUGGGAACUGAAAUGAUGUGGUGUGACAUCGGCGGACCCAAUAAGACUGCUGAGUUUGCUUCUUCCUGGUUCAAUCGAGCCAUGAUCCAGGGUCGUCAAGUGGCUCUGAACGCCCGUUGUGGACUCCCUGGCGACUUUGAUACCCCGGAAUAUGCGCAAUACAACGGCGUUCAACGCCAAAAAUGGGAAAGCAGUGCUGGCAUGGAUCCGUACAGUUAUGGAUUCAAUCGCGCCACUCCUCUGGCCAGCUACAUGAAUGCAUCGGCGAUAGUCACGACGCUGGUUGAUAUUGUGUCUAAGAAUGGUAACUUUCUUCUCGAUAUCGGACCGACGGCAAAUGGGACCAUCCUGGAUAUCGAGCAGCAACAUCUCCGGGAGGCUGGUAGGUGGAUCAAGAGCCAUGCGGAAGCUAUAUAUGAUACGUCUUAUUGGGUUGUCGCACCGGAAGAAGGACAGCAUAUCCGAUUCACGACUUCGCAAGAUGCUUUCUAUAUUCACUGCUUGAUAAGACCAAACGCCACGCUCACCUUGUCCAGCCCGAUCCCCUGGGUGGAAGGCGACAAGUUGACUGUUGUUGGCGGCCACAUGCAUGGGGUCGAAAUUCCAUCAAUCAAGACAGGAGAUGGUAAAAGGAGUGUAUAA